GUAAAUUACAUUAAUAAAAAAAAGGAUAGGUAGCUCUUUCAUCAGAACCUACUACUUGAAAUAAAUUUAAGGAGAGCCAGAGUUCUGUUGACUGACCAUAGUUAGGUCUUCUUCGUAUUGAAGACCAGACCUACAUCUCUUUCUCAAAAAUCUUGAAUUUAAUCAAACAACAAUUUUGUUACAUCAACAUGUCUAUGGUGGAGGUAAGAGUUCCAAACUUGGAUUGUGAAGGAUGUGCUGCAAAGCUAAGAAAAGCUCUUUUCAAGCUCAAAGGAGUAGAGGAUAUAGACAUUGAUAUGGAGACACAGAAAGUUACAGUAAGAGGCUACGGAUUGGAAGAGAAGAAGGUGCUAAAGGCAAUAAAGAAAGCAGGGAAAGCAGCAGAGCCAUGGCCAUAUCCAGUAGGGUACUCACAUUUUACUUCAUUUUAUCAGUACCCAAAUCACAUCAUCAGCCAUUACUACGACACAUCUCGAAAUGUUGCAGCCCCAAGUGUUCAUACUUUCUUUCACACUCCUGCAGUUUACUCAGUUGCCGUGGCUUCAGAUGAAGCUGUUGCUUCUCUUUUCAGUGAUGACAACCCACAUGCAUGCACUAUCAUGUGAAAGAUUAAUCUCCUAAAUUUUUUGUAUUUUCCCUCUGUAACUUGUUUCGGAAAAGACCAGCGCUAGUGCUUAUGAGCUUAUUCAUCUAUUGUUCUUUAAAAAUGUUGGGCUUAAUUAUUGUA